AUCAAUCAAAGCAACCAUCACCGUUCACCGUCAAAACAUCCACCGCCUUACUGCUAUCCACCGCGACUGGGGCUUUGUGGGGCGCGGAAAAACUUUCAACAACAUCAUGAAAAAUUCGCAGAACGCCGGUCCUUGCGUGCCGAUUCCAACGAACCGCCAGCUCACCAUCAGUCUCAUCGGCUCGAUAAUCCGCUUUGCGAUCGAAGUGCCGCAAGUCCUUCGGCGGCGUGAGAAUCUUUCGCCCGAUAAGUUGCUUUUCCUGCUUCUGCCGAUCGUCCGGAACCUUGGUAAGCUAAUCGACCGCAUCCGACACAGCUCAUCUGUCGCGGGCAGGAACGCAUCCAACGGUUCCGGUCGCUUUGCACCGUCCCGGGGCGACCGGUGCUGUCCGCAUGCAUCGAAUGCCGCCGGUACCUCGAACCGGUUUCGCGCUGACAAUGGAACUGCACUGCCACCACCGAGAACGGUGGCCGCAACUGCCACCAACGCAAUGUGGCAAGCGAGACAGCAAGUCAGUGCUCCGCUCAAUCUACAACGGCAACGUCAGCAACAGCAACCGUGCAGCAUGACGUCGAUGCUAAUGAGCGACGAAGAUGACGAGUCCAGCGUUGGGAUUGAGAUGCAUCGCGGCGAAUCUCCGGCCCUGCCCGGUCCUCGGCGGCAGGUUCUAAGGCAGAAGGAUGGUAAUUACGCGAUUCGCGAGACCACAGAUACGCGCGGCGCUGACGGCACGUUUCAGCGUAUUACCAAAACCAUCAGCGGCCCGGACGUGAUGAUACUGACGAACAUUACGAGCCAGCUGUCGGAGCUGCCGACGCUGAUGCCAAGAGCGAUCGUGCGCGACUCGGUGAGACCAGCGGAAAAGUAG